GAGUGCAAUUCUAAGUUCUAAGAGUGGAUUCAACGAAGAAUUAAUAAGUAGGAAUUUACUUGGUAAAUUUGGUUCACUUAUUGGAAGCUCAGCAUAUAGAUCCAUGGUCCCCAUUCUAGUUGAGAACAUUCUGCUUAUAAGACUCAUUAAUUGAUUCGUGAUUGAUCAAUUAUAAUUCUAAAGUUAGACUAUGUCUGAUUUUAUGAAUUUUCACUAUUCAGGGGUGAAAUUGUAAGGAAAAGAGUUUUCUAGGUUUAUUUAUUUAUUAAUAGACUUUAUAUGUCUAAUUAAUAAUUAAAUUAAAUGACAAUAUUAUUUAAUAAUGUAUUUUAAUUAUUAAAUAAUUAGUUUUGGCAUUUUAAAGGUUAGAAUUGGAAAAUUGGCAUUUUUGAGAAAAUAGAGAUAAAAUUUGAUAAAAUUGCAAAAUUAAGUGAGGCCCAUUAACACCAUAUGGCCGGCCACUUAAGAGGCUUUUUCAAAUUAAUAUUUUCAUUAUUUUAAUGCCAAAUAAAUCCUAACCUAAACCUAGUAAGUUGCCUAUAAAUAGAAAGUGAUGGCUCACUCACAACACAUGCUUUCAUUAGCUUUCUGACAGAAAUUUCUCUCUUCAGAAAAACUGAGCCUUCCCUCACUCUCUACCUUGGCCGAAACCUCUCUCCCUCUUUUCCUUCAUCUUUUUUGUGACCCUAGUGAAAGAGUAAGUGCCCACACACAGCAAGCAGUAACUCAAUCAUAGAUUGGAAGACUGUGAAGGAUCAAAGCUUGAAGAAGAAGGAGAUUCGGGCUCAGAUCUUGAUUAUACUCUGCUACAGAAAGGAAUCAAGGGUUAGAGAUCUGAGUGGAAGGAGACAUUUAUUCCGCUGCAUCAAUGUAAGGUUUUCUUAACUUUAUAUGUGUUUAUUUUAUCGUUUUAGAAAGUUCAUAUUUAGGAUGUUAAUAAACAUACUUGUGAGUAGAUCUAAGAUCCUGGUAAAAUAAUUCCCAACAUCAACAGUUGCAGCUUUGCAGGUAAGUGAUAGUAUAUACAAUUGCAUUAUUAUAAUCACGGUUUUAGUCCCAAACUUUGGGAGUUAAAAUUACGGAAAACUAAUCAUUGUUGUAGCAUAGUAUGUUAAAAAAUGUUCUUAAUCGUUUUCUCUAAUUCCCCAAUUUAUAAAUAUAUAGACAAAUAUUAGCAGAGGAUGAUCGUCAAAGCUAAAAUAAUUUCUUAAGAUACAGGCACCAUCGUACUAGUACCUAAUAAUUUAAGAGGUUAAUACUAUUAUACUUUGUUUACCUUUGAGAGAUUACUUUUUAAUCUGCAAUUUUCAUGGAUGGUAUUAAUAGCUUGCAUGUGUUUCUUUUUGCACCCAACACUAUUGCAUCUUUACAUUAUGAAAUAAAAGUCUUAAUUGUUUGUCUUUGUAAAGGAUUAUUGCAGAUGGUAUAUUUGGAAGAGUGGUCGGUUCUAGAUUGGGACUAUACUUGUUCAUUGUCUGGGGCCUUUGAAGCUUUGAAGGCUAGCACUCUCCGUCUUCUAGUUGUUGCAGGGGCAAGGGCCGAUGUACAAAAUGUGAAGGACGCUAUUUGCUCAGCAGUUGAUGUGAUGCAAGCCAUGGCAUCCUCAAUAUGCUUAUUAACCUCAAAGGAUGGCGAAGUGAAUUCCUUGGUGGGCGAAGUUUCAACAGUAACAGCAAAGGAGCGUGCUCUGCUUGGUCAUUGCAAAGAUUUAUUAUCAACAGUUGCAGCUUUGCAGGUAAGUGAUAGUAUAUACAAUUGCAUUAUUAUAAUCACGGUUUUAGUCCCAAACUUUGGGAGUUAAAAUUACGGAAAACUAAUCAUUGUUGUAGCAUAGUAUGUUAAAAAAUGUUCUUAAUCGUUUUCUCUAAUUCCCCAAUUUAUAAAUAUAUAGACAAAUAUUAACAGAGGAUGAUCGUCAAAGCUAAAAUAAUUUCUUAAGAUACAGGCACCAUCGUACUAGUACCUAAUAAUUUAAGAGGAAUUUAAUAUUAUUAUACUUUGUUUACCUUUGAGAGAUUACUUUUUAAUCUGCAAUUUUCAUGGAUGGUAUUAAUAGCUUGCAUGUGUUUCUUUUUGCACCCAACACUAUUGCAUCUUUACAUUAUGAAAUAAAAGUCUUAAUUGUUUGUCUUUGUAAAAGAUUAUUGCAGAUGGUAUAUUUGGAAGAGUGGUCGGUUCUAGAUUGGGACUAUACUUGUUCAUUGUCUAGGUCCUUUGAAGCUUUGAAGGCUAGCACUCUCCGUCUUCUAGUUGUUGCAGGGGCAAGGGUAUAUGUGACAGACUUUUUCUUGAAUUGUUUCUCAUUGUCACCCUGCUACACCCCGUUUUUAUCAUCAGUUCAUUUGCCCAGAAGUUUGACAUAGUUAAAGCUUUCAUUAUCGCUUGCUGCAAGCCGAUGUACAAAAUGUGAAGGACGCUAUUUGCUCAGCAGUUGAUGUGAUGCAAGCCAUGGCAUCCUCAAUAUGCUUAUUAACCUCAAAGGAUGGCGAAGUGAAUUCCUUGGUGGGCGAAGUUUCAACAGUAACAGCAAAGGAGCGUGCUCUGCUUGGUCAUUGCAAAGAUUUAUUAUCAACAGUUGCAGCUUUGCAGGAUUAUUGCAGAUGGUAUAUUUGGAAGAGUGGUCGGUUCUAGAUUGGGACUAUACUUGUUCAUUGUCUGGGGCCUUUGAAGCUUUGAAGGCUAGCACUCUCCGUCUUCUAGUUGUUGCAGGGGCAAGGGCCGAUGUACAAAAUGUGAAGGACGCUAUUUGCUCAGCAGUUGAUGUGAUGCAAGCCAUGGCAUCCUCAAUAUGCUUAUUAACCUCAAAGGAUGGCGAAGUGAAUUCCUUGGUGCGCGAAGUUUCAACAGUAACAGCAAAGGAGCGUGCUCUGCUUGGUCAUUGCAAAGAUUUAUUAUCAACAGUUGCAGCUUUGCAGAUAACAACUACUGACGUUUUCUGUGGGAUGACGGUCGAUGAUUUCGGCCACCUCCGCCACCUUCGUUCCUCUUGUGGACGAUCAACGAUUUCGAACCAGCCUACCGUCUUCUGUGGGCGCAUAUCUUAGGUGAACAACAACUCUUCCCACACUCGUCCCUUAGUCGAACGGCGACUCAAUCCAAUCCGCCAUGUAUGGUUGAUAAGGUGCCCAAGGACUUUGCCAUAUUUGGAGAAUGUGGUAAUGGAUAAGCAUGGUGAUUGAAUAUGGCAAAGAUAAACACACAUUUGCUUUAAUAUUAGAAAUCAAGCUUACACUGAGGUCAUUAACAAGAUUAUAACAGCACAUUGCCAUUACCUUGAUGUUGGUGCUGGAAUUGGUUUGUUGUCAUUGAUGGUUGCCAGGGCAAUGGGUUUUGGAGCCUCAAUGCAAAAGGAGAAGGUAACAAACUUGUGAGUCUUUCCUUCCAAUGGUAAAGAUAAUGAGAAGAGUAUGAGGCUUAAUGGUAUGGAAAAGAUUCAACAAACGCUUUGAUGAACUUAAAAUUGACAAGUGAGAUAUUUGACUAGGAAUUAUUGGAUGAAAGGCUUAUACCUUCUCUACAACAUGCCAUGGAAUGUUAGUAGUGGAAAAUCUAUCAGCAAUUCCAUACCAAGCAACUACUGAUGGCCAAGUGAUUGAGUCCAUCAUUGUAGUUGUACUUUGUUUCAACACUUUAUCUCUUGUCAAAUUCUUGUAUCAAAAAUGAAUGUUAAAAAAAAUGAAAAACUUAAUUAACUGAAGGCAUAACAUGCCACUUGAUAUGUGUUAUUUUAUUUCCAUUUUGAUUGAUGAUUUUGAAACAAUUAUCUCAGUUAUGUUGCU